AUGCCUCCGAUGGUGCGAGAGCCACAUGUGCGGCGAAACACAUGGCUUUUCCAUGCUGGACCGACAUUUUGCGUUCUCUGCUUUCCGAAUAGGCGGCGACCCGCGAAUGUCGGUCCUGCGCUCCCAAGAAUCUGCCGGGGUCUGCGUCCUCCGUGUCCAGGAGCUCGUCCGCGGCACGGUGGAGACGAUCCGAUCCAGUUCUGCGCAAGAUAUCAGAACGCAACGGUGUACGGAGUACUGUGGUACUCUAUCACAGUGCGGCAGCAGAGAUGCGCCGCUAUCACUUUCGUUCUUCGUCGAUCCGGCACUCCAUGGUGGCACUUUCUCAAACAUGCCGCGGUGCAAGCAUGCAUGGGCAACGGAGGCAAGAUGGCUUUGCUGAAGACCUACGCACUCUAAUGUCAGCAACUUGGGGAUAACCCAGAUACAUCCAUGAAUCAAUCUCGGGCGUGUCACACAGAUUCGCAGUGCAUUUGGUAAACAGCACCAGAAAAAUAAAGUGAGGAUCUGACUGGGAGGGCGCGGUUGUGGGGUUCAGGAGAGCUCAGAAAGGUAAAAGUAACUUGCCG